AUGGUAACAGAUUGUGUUAUUCAGACCGAUUCAAAUAGACAGCAAAUUUGCUGGUGCGAGUCCGCUGGCCUGUCUGCCUACGGGCGUGCCAAUGUCGGCCUGCCAAAAAGAGCGGUCUUAACCAAGACUUUGCAGCCGUGGCAAACUCUUUCGUCUAUUCACUCGUCUAGCUACAUCUGCCCACGGUUUAUCCGCUCGGCAUCAAUAGUUUCAAAACGACAGAUCAAUAAAACUUUGUCUUAUUCUCUAGCCCGCCUGCCGGCUGGCUCGCUCUCUCACAGCCCACCUGAAAAGGCAAUCUUCACGUUCGCACAGAUCAGGGACACAUUAGCACGAAUUUUAACAAAAAGAUCAUCUCUUCUUCAAGCCAGGCCGACCAACAUUAAAGAGGGUUACAUGGGCCAGGACAGAUUGGCCGUAGGGAUGGGCCAGUGCCGGAGGGUCCCCGAGUUGAGGCUUCUCUCUGAGCCCACCGGCCAAGAUGACCACGGAGAAACGAUCGACGGACGAGAAGCCGAGGCAAAACCGAUCUGA